CCGCCAGCUCCGGGACGGGCGGGGAAAACCCCACCGCGCUCCGACGUGCCCAUGGGCCUAGUUCAGCGCCUUGCACGCCCCGCCCCGCCUGACGGCAGCAGCGAGGAAUGCGCUUCCGGAGGCGAAGAGGGAGCAGCGGCACUGGCGGGUCCGUCUGUCUCCUUUCGCGGGUCUGCCACACGGGAGAAGGAUUGGAGGAGUGAGGGAUCCGCCGGACGCCGCCCCGGAGAGAGCAGGCCCGGAGGAGAAGGGGUAGAAAGGAGCUUUCCUGCGCCGCCAGCCAGCUUCUCCUCGGCGCCAGACGCAUCAGAGGCGAGCCCGGCCAUGGCACGGAUAUAUUUCAAUUUUCUUCUCUGGGUUGGAAUAUUAAAUUGCCUCAUACCGUAUGGAUUUGCCCAACAAAGUGGGAGCAUUUGUAUAAAUGCUAAUGCAAAAUCAUGUGCUGAUUGUAUACAAGCUGGCCCAGAUUGUGGAUGGUGUAAAAAUAUAACCUUUUUGAAAGAAGGAGAAUCUACUGCAGCACGAUGUGAUGACUUGGAUGCUUUAAAAAGUAAAGGCUGCCCCCCAGAAGAAAUUGAAAACCCCAGAGGCACACAUAUAUUGCUAAAAAACAAAGAAGUCACAAAUCGCAUCAAAGGGACGGCUGAAAGUCUUAGACCAGAAGAUAUUACCCAGAUUCAACCACAGCAAGUGCUGUUGAAGCUGCGGAAAGGGGAACCACAAACAUUUUCAUUAAAAUUCAAGAGAGCUGAAGAUUAUCCAAUUGACCUUUAUUACCUCAUGGAUCUGUCUUACUCUAUGAAAGAUGAUUUGGAAAAUGUCAAAAGUCUUGGAACCUCUCUGAUGAGUAAAAUGAAAAAUAUAACUUCAGAUUUUCGAAUUGGCUUUGGUUCUUUUGUUGAAAAAACAGUAAUGCCUUAUAUAAGUACCACACCUGCGAAACUCAGGAAUCCUUGCACAGGUGAUCUUAACUGUACAAGUCCCUUUAGCUACAGGAACGUGCUCAACUUCACCAGCAAUGGGAGCUGGUUCAAUACACUUGUAGGGGAACAGCAAAUCUCAGGCAAUUUGGAUUCUCCAGAAGGAGGAUUUGAUGCAAUAAUGCAGGUUGCUGUAUGUGGUUCAAGAAUUGGAUGGAGAAGAAAUGUCACUCGCCUAUUGGUUUUUUCCACGGAUGCUGGGUUCCAUUUUGCUGGAGACGGGAAGCUUGGAGGAAUUGUUUUACCAAAUGAUGGACAAUGUCAUUUAGAAAAUAAUAUGUACACAAUGAGCCAUUACUAUGAUUAUCCCUCUAUUGCUCAUCUUGUUCAGAAGCUAAGUGACAAUAAUAUUCAGAUAAUAUUUGCUGUCACAGAGGAAUUUCAGCCAGUGUACAAGGAGUUGAAGAAUUUGAUUCCUAAAUCUGCAGUGGGAAUGCUGUCUUCAAACUCGAGUAAUGUGAUUCAGCUGAUCAUUGAUGCUUACAAUUCAUUGUCUUCAGAAGUUAUUUUGGAAAACAAUAAAGUACCUAAGGAGAUAGCAAUAGAAUAUAAAUCUUUCUGUAAGAACGGAGUGAAUGGAACAGGAGAUGAAGGAAGAAAGUGCUCUAACAUUUCAAUUGGAGAUGAGGUUAGAUUUGAGAUUACAAUAACAGCUAAUCAAUGUCCAGAAAAAGGACAAAAUGAAACAAUUAAAAUCAAACCGCUUGGUUUUACUGAAGAAAUAGAGAUUAAUCUGGAAUUCAUUUGUGAAUGUGAUUGCCAUAAUGAAGGAAUUGAGGACAGCCCUCUAUGCCAUUUUGGAAAUGGAACAUUUGAGUGUGGAGCUUGCAGGUGCAAACCUGGGCGUAUUGGAAAUCACUGUGAAUGCAGCAUGGAGGAAGUUAAUAGUGAAGACAUGUCAGGCACCUGUAGGCAGGCUAACAGUUCUGAAAUAUGUAGCAACAAUGGUGAAUGUAUUUGUGGGCAGUGUGUGUGCAGUAAGCGAGAGAAUCCAAAUGAAAUCUAUUCUGGCCCAUAUUGCCAGUGUGAUAACUUCAAAUGUGAUCGAUCAGAUGGUUUAAUUUGUGGAGGACACGGUGAAUGUAAAUGUCGUGAAUGUGAAUGCUGGGCAAAUUACACUGGCUCUGCUUGUGAGUGUCCCCUAGAUACGACUCCUUGUGAAGCUGCAAAUGGACAAAUCUGCAAUGGUAGAGGAAUAUGUGAAUGUGGAAUAUGCAACUGUACCGAUUCCAAAUUUCAGGGACCAACAUGUGAGCUAUGUCAGACUUGUCUUGGUGUCUGUGCAGAGCACAAAGAUUGUGUCCAAUGCAAAGCCUUUAACAAAGGAGAAAAGAAAGAACGGUGUGAAAAAGAAUGUUCACACUUUAGUUUGGAGCUGGUAGAUCGUAGAGAAAAGUUGCCACAGCCUGGACAGUAUGAUGCAUUGACUCAUUGCAAGGAGAAGGAUAUUGAUGACUGUUGGUUUUACUUUACAUACUCUGUUGACUCAAAUAACAAGGCCAUUGUUCAUGUGGUGAAGACGCCAGAAUGCCCAAGUGGUCCUGACAUCAUUCCUAUUGUUGCUGGUGUGGUUGCUGGAAUUGUUCUUAUUGGUCUAGCUUUAUUGCUGAUUUGGAAGUUACUUAUGAUCAUUCACGAUAGAAGAGAAUUUGCAAAAUUUGAGAAAGAAAAAAUGAAUGCAAAAUGGGAUACGCAAGAAAAUCCAAUAUACAAGAGUCCUAUUAAUAAUUUCAAGAAUCCAAACUAUGGACGUAAAGCUGGUCUCUAAGUUUCCGUUCGUAUUUUCUUUUCUAUUUCUUUCUCUUUGCAUGAGCUUUUCUUCAGGCUUACUGAAUGCAGCUUUAACUAAUUAUUGCUUGAUUCCUAACACUUUUCUUUAAUUGCUGCAUCUUUGAAUUAAGUAACAGAAUUUAGAGAGCCAGUUUAGUGUAAUAAUAAACUUGGUUAGAACCUGGGAAACCAAAUUCUAGCUUUAGGCAUGUAGUCUUUGGACUUUGAGCAUAUUAUACUUUUUCUCAGCUAUAGGAAGAAGGUAACAAAAAAACCAUUUCUGAAGAAUUUUGGCAAGAAAACUUAAGGGCAGCCAAUAAAUAAAUAGGAAGUGGACAGGCAUUUAGGAACCCAUUUUGCUCCCUUUAGUAAAGUCUGAAACACUGAUGAGUAAAACAAAGACCCCCCACCAAAAAAAAAUGGGAAAUGCAAACCAGAGCACUUUCUUUUCGUGAUAAGGGCUUCUAUGCAAAAUUAUAUUAAUCACAUGUUUGAGCUCUGGCCAUUUUCCAGCCUUAGGGCUUGGCAAAUAUGAGAUAUAAUGCUCUUCAAAUCUGUAAAAUAAACAAGGCAUGAUGUAGCUUAAUUUAAAGUAGUUGUAGUUGUUAAUGGAACAAAUUUAUUUAGUGCACUGUCACUGAAAUCACUCAUUUUAGCUGGGUAGUUAGUUUACUUGAGAAUAGUGAUCGAGAACACUCUCCUCAGAUGACUCUUAUGACAGUGGCCACUAACUAAACAUAUGCUUUACAGAAAAAAGCAUCAAUGGCAGGAAAUGUAGUACAGCACAAGGCAGUCUUGGCAAUAUAUAAAAUAAUUCUUUUUGAAUGUUGAUUUCUAUUCCAGCUGACCUUGAAAAUAGCAGGAUAAGGUAGAAAAUAAUUAGAUUGAACUUUGCUGAUAGUUUAUAUAGUACAAACUUAAUUUGUGACACAACCAGAGUAUUAUAGUAUAGGUAAAUAUGCUGCAUUCUUCACAUAUAUGUCCUCCUUUUCGUACUUUUUCUCAUUUCUUUUAUUCUAUAUCCAUUCCAUCUCUUAUUAUUUGAUAUUCAGUUGUUUUUAUUUCUGAAUACUCUGAUGCUAUGAAUAUGAUUAUAUGAUUGUGAAUGAUAAUCUUGAAAAAAGACAAAACAUUUUCCCCAACCUUUAAAAAAGAAUAGUUAGCAAAGGUUCAAAAAUAGUAUCCUGGACUGAAGCUAAUUUUGGAUGCAGUACAAUGUUAGUUUUUAAAGUCUAAUAAUAUAAUGCAUUGCAGUAUAGGGAAUUAGUUGCAAAUCAGUUUGCUGUGUAAUUUGGAACAAAUUCAUCCAUGCUUAAACAACCUGAUUAUACAGGGUUUGUGUGUGAGUCGCAAGUCCUCUCUUCUGUUUGCUGUUUGUGAGCUUUAUUCCUCAAUAUUGAAGGAUGGAUUUGCUGUGUUCACAUUGAAACUAAUUUUAUGGCUGACAUUACUCAGAUCAUUAAAGACUUGAGUAAUAAAGAAGCACUUAGCUGUGAUUUUUUCUGAUAGAGCAAUGUCUGUUAAUUUUGCACUGUGAAAAAUACAUCCAAAGUUUCCAAUUUAAUUAAAGUAUGUAUAUACUGGAGGAAAUAUGGAAUCAAUAGAGGCAUGUAAAGAAAAACAUUCUUUUCUUUUUCCCAUUUUUUUUUGAAAAUAUUUUAUUGUUUUUUUAAUUUUUAAGAAAAAGUACUCAGG